GAAUUGAUCAUUUUUUUUGAAAUUCUUCUAAUAAGUCUUUCAUUUGUUUUUUUUUCGAUGUUAGAUGAUGAAAAUGUUGCUAAAAUGGUCAUCAUCAACAUCAUCAAUCAAAUUAUGUCAUUGUCGACAAUUGGUCGCUGGAAUGACGAAUACAAUCAAUCGUCAAAUGACAUUGAUUAUUAAUAGAGUUCAACCUAGUCGUAUACAAUAUAGAGCUUUACAAACAUUAGCUACAGAUUUACAGGAUAAUAUUAGCCAUAAUAAUAAUGUGAUAUUGAAAAAUUCGAAUAUACAAAAUUUACAAUCAACGAAUCGACAAUCAAAACGUAAAUAUUCGAAUAAUAACAGCAGCAGCAGCAGCAGCAGUAGUGAUGAUGAAAAAUUCAUUACUGAAAGUGAAAAUAAAAGUAAUUUUUUUACAAAAACCGAAAUUCUCGAGAUUUAUAAAUCAACAUUCAAAGCUACAUAUAGUGGUGGUGAAGUAGAUCCAAAAGGUGUAUUUACUAAUAAUGAAUUAUCAUUAUCCGAUAUCGAUAUCUAUGGUUUUGAUUAUGAUUAUACAUUGGCCUGCUAUAAAGAAUCACUUGAUUAUCUUAUUUAUGAUUUAGGUCGUGAUGUGUUGAUUAAUAAAUUUCAGUAUCCAAAAGAUAUUGAAUUGCUUGAUUACAUUCCAGAUUUUGCUAUUCGUGGUCUUCAUUAUGAUAUUGAAAAUGGUUUUCUCAUGAAAAUCGAUACAUUUCAUCAGAUACAAUUAGGUUCAGUGUAUCGUGGAUUAUCACCUGUACCAAGCGAUGAAAUUAUACGUCUUUAUAAUGGUCUUUAUAUACCAAGACAAUAUAUUCGUGGUGAUAACUAUGAAGAAAAUGUACGAAUGAAACAAUUGAAUGAUCUAUUUUCGGUGCCUGAAAUGUGCCUACUAUCAAAUGUGACUGAAAAUUUUAUCCAGAAUAAUAUACCAUAUUAUCCAGAAAUUCUUUAUCAUGAUGUUACUCAUGCCAUAAGGAGUAUUCAUCCAGUUAUACAUAAAAUGCUUGAUUUACAAAAAAUACCCAAUUAUUUGGAAAAAAAUGAACGUUUACCAGUGUUCUUGGAACAUCUACGAAAAAAUAAUAAAAAAGUAUUUCUCAUCACAAAUUCACCGUUCCAUUUUGUUGACAAUGGAAUGAAAUAUAUGAUUGGAAAUGAUUGGAGAUCAUUGUUUGAUGUUAUUGUAGUACAGGCACGUAAACCAUCAUUUUUCAAAAAAGAAUCAAGACCGUUUCGAACAUUCAAUUUGGGCAGCGAUCGUAUGAAUUGGAAUCGUGUAUCAACAUUGGAUAGAGAUAAAAUUUAUAUGGAAGGUACCGUAUCAGGUUUACUCAAAAUGACCGGUUGGAAUUCAAAUCGUGUCAUAUAUUUUGGCGAUCAAAUCUAUUCUGAUUUGGCUGAUAUAACAUUGAAUUUUGGUUGGCGUACUGGUGCAAUUAUUGCCGAAUUAGAAAAAGAAAUCGAAACGCAUAAUAGUCCAGAAUUUAAAGAGGCUGUAUCAGCAUUACAAGCUCUACAACAAUUAGUGGAUGAAGGCAAUGAAAAUAAUGUGGAUGAAGCUAUCCUUAAUCAAUUAAUACAACAACGUGAUGCAUUACGUUUUGAAGCUAAAACAUUGUUUAAUCCACAAUUUGGUUCAAUUUUUCGUACACAUCAUAAUCCAACAUAUUUUUCUCGUCGUCUAUUCCGUUAUUCGGAUAUCUACAUGUCACAAUUGACAAAUUUAUUAAAAUAUUCAUUAAAACAUACUUUCCUUCCACGACGAGGCCUGUUACCACAUGAAACACGUAUUUCACAAGUGGAACUUAUUCAUAGAGGUGAAUUUCCAAAAGCCUCAUGAAUAAAAUAAAGAUUUAUUUGAAUGAA